AUGGAGCAUAACUCUACUGUGCUUCACUGCGAGGGCGUCAUUGUGACCGGCAUCGCGUAUUCCACAGCAAAUGAAACAUGCCGUAUCUUUGUUGGAUGGGAGGAUGACUCCGGGAGCCGGCACAUAAGGGUCCGCCUACCAGUUACUGAAGGCGUCGACUUAGAGACAGCCACGGAGGGUUUCGACCUGCGCUCACACCACCAUAUCUCUGCCUUCAUGAGAUUCGUAUCACAGGUCUGCCGUUAUGGCGGACAGAUUGCGUCCAGCCUGCCCGUCACUGAUCUGCCUCACACGGACAAGAUAAAGUCGUCCUCCCUGCGUUCAAACCAUUGCGGUGAUCGACUUUAUACCAAGGUCACAACAUGGGCUGCCCAAGUGCGGCCCUCAGACCUCCAGGAGCCCAGCAAGUGUGGACACGAUAUCACAUCCAUGCAGAUCAUGCACCAGCGACAUCAACAGCCCGAUUCCACAGGAAUGCCUGCCGCAGGGCUGGUCAUGACGUGGCCAUCGAACCCGAAUCAAUGGAUACUCGAAGCGAAUCUGGGCGACGUGUUUGAUCUCCAAUAUCCUGGUAUCGCCGAGUGGUCAUACGAUCACCAUGUUUACACAAUGGGGAUGCUUCGAAAUUGCCAAAGUCACAAGGAUUUUGCCAACGUCCUCGACACGUUUUAUGACAUAUUUUACGGGCUUCCAAGAUAUGCAGAGGCAUCCCCAAGGUCUUCCCUUCCGGCGAGCAACGGCACAUCAUCUACACUACCGUCAUCCCACUUUGAACAUCGCUCUGGAGCUUCCACUUUGGCAAUACAAGUUUGCGGAGUAGUGGAGGCAAUGCGCUUGACAGAGUGCUCUCUGGUGCCUGAUACCUACAAGCCCUGGCGGAUGGCUGCGUCCUGGCUCUGGUUCUCGGAGCUACGCCUAACUACUCCCGGUAGCAUGGACCCGGGUUUGAUCGUGUACUGUGAUACGCUCACCGUGGAGUAUCCACGCUGUACAGAGUAUGAUGAGAUCCUUCAAACCCCAGCAGACUUCGACCCGCAAGACGAGGAUCUACGUAUCAUCCCGCACGACUCUGAAAGCACUCUCCGACUCAUGUCAACUCAUCGCACACGUACCUCCGCUGACAAGGCAGCCAUGGGAUCUGACCACCCGACUGGGCAAUGGACUCUUGCUGAACUGAUAGAGAUGCGGCAUCCCUUCAACCACGUUGAGCACGCACUCGACAUAACGUAUACCAAGAUCUUGGACGGCGAUCGUCUUCUCGACUUGUGGAAUGCUGCAGACAUCCGGACGGCAAGGUCAAUCUCGACCGAGAAGAUGAAAAGCCGCCUGCUGCGCUAUCCCCUUAGUGGCCCGAUCGAUGACGCGGUUGUUGUGGUGCUAGGUCACUUCGGCGAUGAGCUGUGCAGCGCCAUAGGCCACCCAGCGGCUCAGGUUGUACUAGGCACGCUUCCAUUCGUCGAGCCGUGGAACAUAUCGCUUCAAGGAGAUUCCGACUCGGAGUCACCCCCUCUCCCCGCCCACUCCGACAUCCCACAUGCUGAUCACCUCGAAUCGACACCCCUCUGUCUACCAGUCUUGCUCAGCGCGUACCAAACCGCUGGCGUAUCCCUGGACAAUGCGACACGAAAUCGGCUGCGUCUGGCUUCUGUUGGUGCCGUACGGUUCCUCGCUGUACUUGGCGUGACGGAUUUUCCUGUUUAUGGCUUGUCGAUCUGCGGCCCGUAUGGGAUUCCGUCCGUAACGUGGUACUCAUCCGAAGACAAGGCAUGCUAUACCGUCGACCGGAACACGGCGCGCCGAAGAUUCGACCUCACGGAGAAGCACGGCGUCCUGCGCUACCUCGCCUUCCUGGCAAGGAUGCGAGAGCAUGCCCAAGAGCUUCACAGACGGUUCGAGGAAGCCAAGCUCAGCUUCUUCCAGCGCAUGCAAACGCCAGAAGGUUUGGCGUCCGUGCGAUGGACCGCGCGAUCACAGAUGGACGAUCGCAAGCUGUGGAUCCAAGGAGAUUAG